AUGAGGAAACUGAGGCUUGGCGAAGUUACGAAACUUGUCCAAAGUCAUACAGCUUUUAAAGGGGACAGCCAAGAUUCAGAGCCAGAUUGUGAAAAUUAAAAUGAACAAACUACGGCAAAGUUUUAGGAGAAAGAAAGAUGUUUAUGUUCCAGAGGCCAGUCGUCCACAUCAAUGGCAGACAGAUGAAGAAGGAGUUCGAACUGGAAAAUGUAGCUUCCCAGUUAAGUACCUUGGCCAUGUAGAAGUUGAUGAAUCAAGAGGAAUGCACAUCUGUGAAGAUGCCGUAAAAAGAUUGAAAGCUGAAAGGAAGUUCUUCAAAGGCUUCUUUGGAAAAACUGGAAAGAAAGCAGUCAAAGCAGUCCUAUGGGUAUCAGCAGAUGGACUCAGAGUUGUGGAUGAAAAAACAAAGGACCUCAUAGUUGACCAGACCAUAGAAAAAGUUUCUUUCUGUGCCCCAGAUAGGAACUUUGAUAGAGCCUUCUCUUACAUAUGUCGUGAUGGCACCACUCGGCGCUGGAUCUGUCAUUGCUUCAUGGCUGUCAAGGACACAGGUGAGAGGCUGAGCCAUGCUGUCGGCUGUGCUUUUGCAGCCUGCUUAGAACGAAAGCAGAAGCGGGAGAAGGAGUGUGGAGUGACUGCUACGUUCGAUGCUAGCCGGACCACUUUUACACGAGAAGGGUCAUUCCGUGUCACAACAGCCACCGAACAAGCAGAAAGAGAGGAAAUCAUGAAACAAAUCCAAGAUGCCAAGAAAGCUGAAACAGAUAAGGCAGUUGGCGGUUCAUCAGUGGCCCCUGGCAACACUGCCCCAUCUCCAGCCUCUCCUACCUCUCCCACUUUGGAUGCCACUGCCUCUCUGGAGAUGAGCAAUCCUCAUGCCAUCCCACGUCGGCACGCACCGAUUGAACAGCUUGCCCGCCAAGGCUCUUUCCGAGGAUUUCCUGCUCUUAGCCAGAAGAUGUCACCCUUUAAACGCCAGCUAUCCCUGCGCAUUAAUGAGUUGCCUUCCACUAUGCAGAGGAAGACUGAUUUCCCCAUCAAAAAUGCAGUGCCAGAGGUGGAAGCAGAAGCAGAGAGCAUCAGCUCCCUGUGCUCGCAGAUCACCAGCGCCUUCAGCACACCCUCUGAGGAUCCUUUCUCAUCCGCUCCAAUGACCAAGCCAGUGACAGUGGGGGCACCACAGUCUCCUGCCUUUCAGGCUAAUGGCACUGAUUCUGCCUUCCAUGUACUUGCUAAGCCAGCCCAUACUGCUCUAGCACCUGUAGCAAUGCCUGUGCGUGAAACCAACCCUUGGGCCCAUGCCCCUGAUGCUGCUAACAAGGAAAUUGCAGCCACACGUUCGGGGACCGAGUGGGGUCAGUCUUCCGGUGCUGCCUCUCCAGGUCUCUUCCAGGCUGGUCACAGACGCACUCCCUCUGAGGCAGACCGCUGGUUAGAAGAGGUGUCCAAGAACGUCCGGGUUCAGCAGCCCCAGGCCUCAGCUGCCCCACUGCAGCCCGUUCUCCAGCCUCCUCCACCCACUGCCAUCUCCCAGCCAGUACCACCUUUCCAAGGGAAUACAUUCCUCACCUCUCAGCCUGUGCCAGUCGGUGUGGUCCCGCCCCUGCAGCCAGCCUUUGUCCCUGCCCAGACCUACCCUGUGGCCAAUGGGAUGCCCUAUCCAGCCCCUAAGGUGCCUGUGGUGGGCAUCACUCCCUCCCAGAUGGUAGCUAACGUGUUUGGCUCUGCAGGCCAUCCGCAGGCUGUCCACCCCCAUCAGUCACCCAGCCUGGUCAAGCAGCAGACAUUCCCUCAAUACGAGACGAGCAGUGCUACCACCAGUCCUUUCUUUAAGCCUCCUGCUCAGCACCUCAACGGUUCUGCAGCUUUCAAUGGUGUAGACGAUGGCAGGUUGGCCUCAGGAGACAAGCACAUGGAGGUUCCUGCAGGUACCUGCCCUGUGGAUCCUUUCGAAGUGCAGUGGGCUGCGUUAGAAAGCAAGUCUAAGCAGCGUACUAACCCAUCCCCCACCAACCCUUUCUCCAGUGACUUACAGAAGACGUUUGAAAUUGAACUUUAAGCAGUCCUAUGGCUUACAUAUCUUGUUCAUACUUAGGCGAUGGUGGAGGGCUAAGGCACAAAGGGGACUUUGUCUUCCUGAUCAGUAUACUUUUCAUUAAUCCCCAAGGUCACAGGAACAAGUCCAGUCACAGAGUGCAAUGAGGGGUGAUUUUGAAAGAAGUGAGGAAACCCAUUCCUAGAGAAGAGCUGCCUUGCAGUUAGGCUAAAGAAGUCAAGGAAAUGCUGCCUUCUUCCUCCCUCAUCUCCUUACAAGUCUCUGGAAACAGAGAGGCAGAAGUAUAUAAACAGGAAUCUGUAUUCAAAGCACAUUUACUGGAAUAUAAGAUACAACAGGAAGCAAAACGAUCUCCCUUUAUUUUUCAGGCCUCUCACCUGCCUCCUCAGUACUGGCCUAUCUUAGCGAUCAAGGACAGAGAGAGGCUUGUGCUCAGGCUGGGUAAGAAAGGUGGCAGGCUGUGCUGCCGGGAUUCCCAGGAGAGCACAGUAGCAGCUGCCCAGCAGAGCUAUAUUUUGGGGAUAAAGUUGAGCUUCCAUUUUGAGUAACAAAAUAAAUAUUAUAAAUAUAUAUCAAAAAAGCCAAAAUCUUUAUUUUUAUGCAUUUAGAAUAUUUUAAAUAGUUCUCAAUAUUAAGUUGUAUGAGUUGUAAGUAAUCUUGCCAAAGGUUUUUAAAAAAGGGUUAGCUGUAAGAAAUUGUACAUAAGAUUGAUUUAUCAUUGAUGCCUACUGAAGUUAAAAAAAAAAAAAAAAAGAGGAAAGGUUGAAGGUGGCAGACGGGAUCCCUAAGCUUGUUUGGAAUCAUUCACUGUAAGUAGCACAUUGCAGCAACAAUCAUGCUUAGGACCAGUACAGUCACUAGGUUGUAGUUUUGAAUAAAAUGAAAGAGCAGUAUUGUCCUGGUUUUAAACCUAUGAUGAAAUUCAUUCUACUGUCAUUAUUUUAAUGAAAUCAAUCUAAAUAUGCUCUAUAGAGAAUAUGUAUUUUCCUCAUGUUAAUCCUUUACUUUUUUAAACACUAAGAUGACAAUUACAUGAUCACAUCCACAGAAGGGAAUACAGGUUAUUGUGUCAGUUUGUAACGUUGGUCUUAGUUUGGUGGGUUUGGUUUUGUUCAUUAACUUUUGUUUCCCCAAGUUUUGUAGGGAUGGGGAUUCUGGUUUUACUAGCUUUGUGUGUGUUUCCCUCUGUGUCGUUAGCAAAAAAUCCCAUUGCCAGUUGCAGCCACUUGACCUCUGGUAACAACAUGAGAUCCCAUCUCAUUUUUACUUUUAAACGUUGGCCUUACAAUCAAAUGUAAGUUAUAUAUAUUUGUACUGAUGAGAAUUUAUAAUCUGCUUUAACAAAAAUAAAUGUUCGUGGUAGAA